GGAGGGGCGGCGGGGCGGGGGGCGAUGCCCCGGGUUAUUUUUACCCGGGCGGCUCAUCCUCUCCGGCAGCCCCAGCGCGGCCCCCGCCGCCGCUCCCCGCCCCGGCUCCGGCGGCGCCGCCUAUAAAGCGCCGCCCGCGGGGAGCCGAGGAUGCAGCUCUACAGCUCCGUGAUCACCCACUACCCCGCGGGCGGGACGGCCCCUCCGAGCGCCGCGCCCGUUUUCAAGGUCUCCGUACCGCCGGGACCGCCAUCCGCCGACGCAGCGAACGACGCCGCGGGGCCGACCCCGAGCCCGACCGCCGAGAGCCCCGCCAAGGACGGCCCGAGCCCCGGGGGCCCCGCCGCCGCCAUGCCCGCCUUCUCGUCCUGCCUGGAGGUGAUGCCGAGCGGCCCCGCCGCCGCCGCCGCGGUCCCGCAGUACAGCUCCUGCGCGCAGCUCACCGUCAGCCGCCGCCGCCCGCUGGAGCGCGUGGUGCCCAUCCGCCUGCUGUCCCGGCCCGAGCCCGCUCCGCACGGCCGCGCCUGGCUGGAGGGCGUCGUGCAGAGCGGCGCCGAGGAGCCCAGCAACCGCAGCCUGCGGCUGAGCGAGCACUGCCAGGCGCUGCAGGCCGCCGCCAACCAGUCCGGCCCGCAGCCCGAGCGCGGCGGGGAGGACGAGGAGGGCGGCGGCGCGGCCGGGGCGCGGCGGGCGGAGCGCAGCGAGAAGCUAGCGCUGUACCUGGCCGAGGUGGAGAAGCAGGACCGGUACCUGCGGCAGAAGGGCCGCUUCCGCUUCCACAUCAUCCCCGACGGGAACUGCCUGUACCGCGCCGUCUGCAAGGCCGUGUACGGGGACCAGCGGCUGCACGGCGAGCUCCGCGAGCAGACGGUGCACUACAUCGCCGACCACCUGGACCACUUCGGCCCCAUCAUCGAGGGCGACGUCGGGGAGUUCCUCAUCGCCGCCGCGCAGGACGGCGCCUGGGCCGGCUACCCCGAGCUGCUGGCCAUGGGGCAGAUGCUGAACGUCAACAUCCACCUGACGACGGGCGGGCGGCCCGAGAGCCCCACCGUUUCCACCAUGGUUCACUACCUGGGGCCCGAGGACCCGACGCGGCCCAGCAUCUGGCUGAGCUGGCUGAGCAACGGGCACUACGAUGCCGUGCUGGACCGCGUCUGCCCCAACCCCGAGUACGAGGCCUGGUGCAGGCAGACUCAGGUGCAGCGGCGGCGGGACGAGGAGCUGGCCAAGUCCAUGGCUGUGUCCCUCUCCAAGAUGUACAUCGAGCAGAACGCCUGCUCGUGAGGCUGCCCAGGAGCAGGGCUGCGGGGACAGAUGGACGGAAGUGCGCUGGCCGUGAUGGUGAUGCCUUAAUCCUUAAUGAAGCAGCAGCACCCCGGACUGAGACGAGCGGUAGAUCGUGGGGGAUAAAUCCAAGCGUGUUUGUAGUAUUCUG